AUGGCCUCCCAAUUCGGAGCCGCUUCUUCUUCUCCUUCUAUUCAGUCAUGGACAUAUCAUGUCUUUCUGAGUUUUCGAGGAGAGGAUACCCGUAAUACUUUCACAGGCCAUCUGCACGGCCUUAGAAGAGGAGAAGAUAUAUCAAGUGCUCUUCUGAAAGCAAUUGAAGAGUCCAAAAUCUCUGUCAUUGUGAUCUCUGAAAAUUACGCUUCCUCAAAAUGGUGUCUUGAAGAACUGGUCAAGAUCAUGCAGUGUAAAGAAUCGAAGCAACAGAUUGUGUGCCCUAUCUUUUACAAGGUAGAUCCAUCAGAUGUACGGAAGAAAACUGGUAGUUUUGAUCAGGCACUUGCUCAGCAUGAUGAUUUGGAGAAGGUGGAACAAUGGAAGAGAGCUCUUACGAAAGCGGGAAAUCUUUCUGGGUGGCCUUUCUCACAAGAGAGGAUGAAUCUGAAUUCGUUGGUAAAAUUGUUGAAGAGAUUUCACAACAAGUAUCAAACCUUACAUAUUUGA